GAAAGUGCGCGCGCCCUAAACGAUGCGGCGGUUACUGCGGGUGUUAGCCUGAGCUGAUCGUGCACUUCCCGGAGCAGCUGUCCAGACAGCUUUGAGCCAGCUCGGCAGUUCUAACCUAGUGCCACCCGGCGCGGAGCAACCUUUGAAAACGCGCGCGCCUAAACGCUGCGACGGUUACUGCGAGUGUCGGCGGGAGCUGUUCCUGCAUCUUCCGGACUAGGCGCUCACACAGCUUUGAGCCAGCUCGUCACUUUUUACCCAAGGGUGUGACUGUGGACCUAAAGUGAUUGCUACAAUGGAAGGGAUCAAUAAUUUCAAGACACCAAACAAAUUAUCUGAAAAAAGGAAAUCUGUAUUAUGUUCGACUCCAUGUGUAACUAUCCCUGCCUCUCCAUUUAUGCAGAAGCUUGGCUUCGGGACUGGGGUCAACGUUUACCUAAUGAAAAGAUCUCCACGUGGGUUGUCUCAUUCUCCUUGGGCCGUGAAAAAGAUCAAUCCUUUAUGUAAUGAUCACUACCGAACUGUGUAUCAGAAAAGACUGACUGAUGAGGCUAAGAUUUUAAAAAACCUUAAUCAUCCAAACAUCAUAGGGUACCGUGCCUUUACUGAAGCCAGUGAUGGCAGUCUGUGCCUCGCUAUGGAGUAUGGAGGUGAAAAGUCUCUGAAUGACUUAAUAGAAGAGCGCAACAAAGACAGUGGAAGUCCUUUUCCAGCAGCUGUAAUUCUCAAAGUUGCUCUGCACAUGGCAAGAGGGCUAAAGUAUCUGCAUCAAGAAAAGAAGCUGCUUCAUGGAGAUAUAAAGUCUUCAAAUGUUGUAAUUAAAGGUGAUUUUGAAACAAUUAAAAUCUGUGAUGUAGGAGUCUCUCUGCCACUGGAUGAAAAUAUGACUGUGACUGACCCUGAGGCCUGUUAUAUUGGUACUGAGCCAUGGAAACCCAAAGAAGCCUUGGAGGAAAAUGGCAUUAUUACUGACAAGGCAGAUAUGUUUGCUUUUGGUCUUACUCUGUGGGAAAUGAUGACUUUAUGUAUUCCACACAUCAAUCUUCCAGAUGAUGAUGAUGAAGAUGCAACCUUUGACGAGAGUGACUUUGAUGAUGAAGCAUACUAUGCAGCUCUGGGGACCAGGCCAUCCAUCAACAUGGAAGAACUGGAUGAAUCCUACCAGAAGGUCAUUGAACUUUUCUCUGUGUGUACUAAUGAGGAUCCUAAAGAUCGUCCUUCUGCUGCACACAUCGUUGAAGCUUUGGAACUAGAUGUCCAAUGAUGCUUUUUGUGGCAGUCUAAGCAGUAAGCAUAGUUUGUAUGUGAACUGUUAACUCACAUGCAUUUAUUUAGUUACUAUGACUUGCAGAGUGGCUAGACUCUGGAAGUGGCUUAUUUUAGGAUCACUGUACAGUUAAUAUUUGCAUAAUUUUUUGACAUGUUAUAAGCAUUUAUUGUACUGGAUAGUCUAUGAAUUUAAAAAAAAGCUAACUCUCCAGGGUACCUAGAUGCUGCUCCUACUGAUUUAAAACACUAGUCACCCUGUCUAAGAUGACUUAGAAUCAGGGGAUCAUUGCUUUACUAAAGAUCAUUUUAGAUAUUCUCUUUAGUGGGUUGUUAAAAUUCACUUUAUACAGUGCAAAGUUUAUCUUCAUUUGCUCAUAAAAUGUCCAGCUUUAGCUGGGCUGUCUGUUGGCCCAUGUGCUUAUUAAAUGUUCUCUGGAUCUUAAGAGCAGGAAAGAGUAGCUCCUAGGGUUUUUGACCCUGGUUACUGCUGCCUUGCAUCUCUUCACAUCUUAGUGUCUAAUUUAUUGAGUAUAUUUUCAUGCUAAUGUUAUUUUGUUUUUACUGACUGUAUCCUAAGUCUUCUAAAGUUGUAAUGUAAGAAUAAAUAAAGGACAGUUUUGGUACCUCAA